CCUUAUUGUAAGGUGGGCUGCGAGGAAAUUUAACCCUCUUUGGAAACGUCGCCCGGCAGCUUGUAUUUGUUUAUAGAUGAACAGCGCAAAAGAUCCAUUGACUUUGGACCACCUGAGAAAUAUCAGCAGCGGCAAUAAACUGGUGCGGGAUCAGACAGCUUUAACGAUGGCUUCGGGUUUGCAAGCAGUACGAACAAGCGAGCCCAAGCACCGGCUCGAGGUCCACACUUUAUCGGACACCUCCAGUCCUGACACGGGAGAAAAAGAUAAAAUUCAACAAAGCAAAAACGAUGACACGAAUACAGACGACCCAUCAAAGAAAAAGAGACAAAGGCGCCAGAGGACCCAUUUCACCAGCCAACAGCUACAAGAACUGGAGGCAACUUUUCAAAGAAAUCGCUACCCAGAUAUGUCCACGAGGGAAGAGAUUGCAGUUUGGACCAAUUUAACUGAGGCUAGAGUUCGGGUCUGGUUUAAAAACCGCAGGGCCAAGUGGAGGAAACGGGAGCGCAAUCAACAAGCGGAGCUGUGCAAAAGUGGCUUUGGACCUCAAUUCAAUGGUCUGAUGCAACCUUACGACGACAUGUACCCGGGCUACUCCUACAACAACUGGGCCGCCAAGGGCUUGACAUCGGCAUCGCUCUCCACCAAAAGCUUUCCUUUCUUUAAUUCAAUGAACGUGAAUCCUUUGUCCUCUCAGACGAUGUUCUCCUCCCCCAAUUCCAUUUCAUCCAUGAGCAUGUCAUCUAGCAUGGUACCCUCUGCAGUGACCGGGGUACCAGGCUCUGGGCUCAACAGUCUCAAUAACUUGAACAACCUAAGCAAUCCGUCUCUAAACUCCGCCGUACCAGCAGCGACCUGCCCCUAUGCUCCGCCGACCCCACCAUACGUCUACAGAGACACUUGCAAUUCAAGCUUGGCCAGCCUUAGACUCAAAGCCAAGCAACAUUCAAGUUUUGGAUACGCCAGUGUUCAGAACCCAGCGUCUAACUUGAGCGCCUGCCAAUAUGCUGUAGACAGGCCUGUGUGAGAAAUAAGAUGAACCUUAUCAGACUGAUGAACUCCAAGAAAUAAUUUAAAAUAUAAUGGGCACUAAGACAACCACUGAACCUGUGUAGCUAACCCCCACAGAGCCGACUUUCUGACUUAAGGGAAAGGCGCAAGUGUUAUUUCUCCCCUUGACUCCCCGUUUGAAAAUAUUUUUCAUCAGAUAAAGGGACGUUUGACCAUUAAAAGAAAUACUCUUGAUUAGUUGACUGGAUAUCACCUUUAUUAAUACCAUAUAAGCUUGUUAUUUUUAAGUUCGGCAUUGUGAUAAUAAAAGAAUUGUUUGGCGGAACGAAUGUGUAUAUAUCGAAAUGUCAAAUUAAUUUUAUAAAAGCAAUUGAUAGUAAUAUCACGCCAGUGUUUUUGAAGUUACAUAACA